AUGGCGACACAGCCGCCGAAGAGCGAGAAAGGCCCUGAAACGACAGGGGAUGGUGAUGAUAUUGUCCGGCCACCAGCUGAAGUACCGGAGGCACCAUACACUAUUCUAUCCGAGAGAGAAAAAAUAUGCACUAUCUUAAUUGCUUCGUUUUCGGGAUUCCUUUCCCCGAUAUCCGCUACCAUCUACUUUCCGGCACUCAAUGUACUUGCCGAUAAGCUCCACGUUUCGCCCAGCGAAAUCAAUCUUAGUAUCACAGUGUACAUGAUCUUUCAAGCUCUAGCUCCAUCAUUCAUCGGAAACUAUUCAGAUUGUAACGGCCGUCGACCCGCACUUCUCAUUUGCUUUUUCAUCUCCAUAGCGGCCAAUAUUGGUCUUGCCUUGCAGAACUCAUACCCAGCCCUUAUGGUCUUGCGCUGUCUUCAGAGCGCAGGAGCUAGUGGAACUCUCGUCAUCAGUGCCGCUACCUCAGCAGAUAUGGUAGUCCGGUCUGAGCGUGGGAAAUACCUCGCCUACUCAACCAUAGGUCAAACAUCGGGACAAGCUCUGGGACCUGUGAUCGGAGGUCUUCUCAUUCAAUUCACGAACACCCAUUCAAUAUUCUGGUUUUUGGCUGCACUUGCCGGAUUUAUGACGUUCAUGGUAGUUGUAUUCCUUCGAGAAACAUGUCGAAAUAUAGUUGGGAAUGGGUCAAUUCCGCCACAAAAAUGGAAUCGCCGAAUUCUUGAUAUAGGGCGUCGAAAACAGCCUAUGGAUAGCGAUGAUACUCCACGUCCACAGUCUAGACGCCGACCUCUUCCCUUUGAGACGCUCAAAAUCUGCCGUGAAAGGGAGACAACGAUAAUCCUAGUGUUUAUCUCCUUUUUCUUCUGUGGAUCCACUGUGACACUGAGUACACUACCCGCACAGCUAGAAAGGAAAUAUGGUUUCAACUCGCUCCAGAUCGGUCUAUGUUGUCUUCCGUACGCCUUCGGUAGUCUAACAUCACGAUGGACUAUCGGCUAUCUCUCGGAUUGGAAUUUCCGACGUCAUGCAAAGCGCAACGGCUUCGAGAUCGCCAAGAAUCGUCAAACCGAUCUCACCGAAUUUCCAGCAGAAAUCGCUCGUCUUCAGCUCACGUUCCCUUUAGUGUACUUGUCAGCCAUCUUCAUGAUUACAUACAGCUGGGUAAUGGCAUACCAGACCAAUCUAGCUGGUCCGCUGAUUAUGAUUUGCUUGGUCGGACAUACACUGUCCGGUGGGAUCAACACGCUUAUGACACUUCUUGUUGAUUGCCAUGUGCAAAGGCCUGCGACUGCAAUCGCUGCCAGCAAUCUCCUACGGUUUCCUAUCGCCGCAGGUGCUGUUGCUGCCGCGACUCCACUUAUCAACAGUAUUGGGAUUGGAUGGGCGGGAACGGUGUUGGCCUGUAUUUGGAUAGCAUCUAGUCCUUUGCUUUGGGUACUUAUGAAAUGGGGCCAUGAUUGGCGUCGAGAGGAACUGAGGAAGCGAGAACAAGCGUCAUAAUCGGAAAACCAGCCGUAAGGACGUUUUGCCUAUACGAACUGUUAUGAUCAAUAAUAUCCGUAUUUUCAAC